CGGUUCAAACUCUCUCUUCCUUUUCAGAAGCGCUCUCCGUCCCAACCCGAUAAUGUCAUCCGGGUCGGGUUCUCUGAUGUGGUUCCGCAAGGGCCUGAGGAUCCACGACAACCCUGCUCUCGAGCACGCCUCCAAGGCCUCCAAUUUCCUCUACCCGGUCUUCGUCAUCGACCCGCACUACAUGAAGCCCGACCUGACCGCACCCUCCUCCGGGUCCUCCAAGGCCGGCCUGAACCGGAUCCGGUUCCUGCUCCAGAGUCUGGUCGAUUUGGAUUUGAGCCUCAAGAAGCUCGGGUCCAGAUUGUUGGUGCUUAAAGGCGACCCCAGCGAGGUCAUCGUUCGUUGCCUUAAGGAGUGGGAUGUGAAAAAGCUUUGCUUUGAGUAUGAUACUGAACCAUAUUACCAAGCUCUAGAUGUUAAAGUCAAGGGUUUCGCAUCCGCGGCUGGGAUUGAGGUUUUCAGUCCUGUAAGUCAUACGCUGUUCAAUCCUGCGGAGAUUAUACAGAAGAAUGGGGGAAGGCCACCUUUGAGUUAUCAAUCAUUUGUAAAGCUUGCUGGGGAACCCUCGUGGAUAUCCACGCCUCUUGCUAUGACGCUUUCUUCACUUCCUCCGGUUGGGAAUGUUGCGAAUUGUGAGGUUUCAGAAGUUCCGACUGUUGAAGAACUUGGUUAUGAAGAGGCUCAACAGGAUGAAUUUUCUCCUUUUAGAGGUGGUGAGUCAGAAGCCUUGAAGAGGUUAAGACAAUCAAUCGAAAAAAAGGAGUGGGUGGCAAACUUCGAGAAACCUAAGGGUGAUCCAUCUGCAUUUCUAAAGCCAGCAACAACUGUUUUAUCACCUUAUUUGAAAUUUGGUUGUCUCUCUUCUAGAUACUUUUACACAUGCCUUCGAGAUGUACAGAAAAAUGUCAAAAGGCAUACAUUACCCCCAGUAUCUCUUGCUGGACAGUUAUUAUGGCGAGAGUUUUUCUACACAGUGGCAUUUGGCACUCCUAAUUUUGACCAGAUGCGGGGAAACAAAAUAUGCAAGCAGAUACCUUGGAAUGAUGAUGAUAAAUUGCUGGCAGCAUGGAGGGAGGCUAGAACAGGAUACCCUUGGAUCGAUGCUAUCAUGACCCAGCUCCGCAAGUGGGGAUGGAUGCAUCAUCUAGCACGACAUUCUGUUGCAUGUUUUUUAACUCGUGGUGAUUUGUUUGUUCACUGGGAAAAAGGGCGUGAUGUUUUUGAGAGGCUGCUGAUUGAUUCAGAUUGGGCAAUCAAUAAUGGAAACUGGCUAUGGCUAUCAUGCUCAUCAUUUUUCUACCAGUAUAACCGUAUCUAUUCCCCAAUCUCGUUUGGAAAGAAGUAUGACCCAAAUGGUGAUUACAUUAGACAGUUUCUCCCUGUACUUAAAGAUAUGCCAAAGGAGUACAUUUAUGAGCCAUGGACAGCUCCUCUGAGCAUUCAGAACAAAGCAAAGUGCAUAAUUGGAAGAGAUUAUCCAAAGCCAGUGGUUUAUCAUGAUUCUGCAAGCAAAGAGUGCAAGAAGAAAAUGGCUGAAGCAUAUGCAUUGAACAAGAAGUUGACUGGCUUGGUGAGCGAAGCAGAUCUAAUAAACUUGCGAAGAAAACUGGAGGAAGACCAAAAGCCAGAGGUAAAGAACAAACGGCAAAGAAAGCUGACGGGCUAAUGGUAUUGCAUAGUGACAAACUAGCUAGUUGCAGAAAUAGAUGAACUAGUUGUAGCUGCCUGCCCUCCUCUCAUUUCGGAAAGAUUUAGUAGUAUUAUCUUCUGAUGACCUGGUCUUGAUAGUGUCCAUAACUCACUAUGCGCAGAUCUAACAGCCGCUGCCUGACCUAACCUUUGAACUCAGCUUGGUCACCCAAUGCUAGGAAAACCUUCUAACCCUUCUCUCUUCGCUUCAUUUAGUUAUGCUCUGUAAUUGUGCAUUCCAGUCUUUCAUUAUUCAUGUACGGUAUAACAUUGCUUUGCAGCUUGUGCACCAUAAUUACUGCAAACUCAGGAUGCAGGAUAUGUAAAAUGGUGCUCUACUAUUAAUUGUAGUUGAUUGCAUACUAAAUUUGUUCAUCUUUCAGCUGGAUCAAUUUCAA